GGCCGGGCCGGAGCCGCCGCAGCCGCCAACGCCGCAGCCGCGGGAGCGCCGCUCGCCUCGCCCCCCCCCGCCCGGCCCCGCCAUGGCCGAGACCGAGGAGCGCAGCCUGGACGACUUCUUCGCCAAGCGGGACAAGAAGAAGCGGAAGGAGAAAAGCAGCCGCAGCGCCGCCGCCGCCUCCUCCGGCGCUUCCAACGCCGCCUCCAACGCCGCGGGCGCGGCCGCGGGGACCCCCCGCCCGGCCGAGGGCGGCGGCUCCGGGGCCACCGCCGCCUCCAGCGCCGCCGGCGGCUCCUCGGCCAAGGCGGCGAGCAAGGAAGAGGAUGAUUGGAAGGAGUUUGAGCAAAAGGAAGAAAUUGAUUAUAGUGGUCUUAGAGUUCAGUCCAUGCAAAUAAGUGAAAAGGAAGAUGAUGAAAGUGAAAAAAGAGAAGAACCUGGUGACAAUUGGGAAGAGACUGGUGGUGGUGGUGUAGACAGAUCAUCUGGUCCUUGGAACAAGUCAGCUCCUGCACCAGCACCUGUCAUUGAACCAAUUGUUACAGAAGCCCCAGAACCAGUCCAGACUGGUGGUGUGUACAGGCCGCCCGGUGCCCGGGAGGGUGGCAGGCCACGGAGAGCACAGCAAGGACCACCAGAAAUCUAUAGUGAUACCCAGUUCCCAUCACUGCAGUCCACCGCCAAGCUUGUAGACAGUCGAAACCUAACAUCUUACUCGCUUUCUUGACUGCAACUUCACACUGAGCAGAUGUCUUCAUCAAGCUGUCCAUGGUGAUGCCUAGAUCGUCCCCCUGAAAGAUCACAACUAACUCAGAAUCCACCAGAGCAUGUAUGAGUUGUGUAAAACCUUUCCAGUAUUCAUUGCCUUGGAUUAAUGUUCUGUUGACAUUCACUUGCCCCUUAAUUGCCAAGUUUACAGAGUUAGUUAGAGUAUCCUGGCAAUCACCAUCAACCUAAUAACUUCUAUGGGGAUUGGCUUUUGCCAUCUGAUGUACUGAAAUCUUCAGUUUUGUGUACAUAAUUCACUCUUCUCGCCAGUGAUUAGCAUGGCGAGCUCUUACUAAUUUUUACUCAAUCACCUGACCUUUUCUGUUCCUUUUCCUGUCUCCUAUCUUGUGUAUUGCUAGCUCAGUUACAGCAAUGAAGUCAUUGAGUUGUAACAAUUUGCUUUAUUUCAAUUAACUUGCCUACAGAAAACCGUUAGUUGAGACGUUGUCAUAAGCUUCCUUUUUUAAAUUAAAACAAAUCACUUAUUCUGUAUCUCUUUCAGAAUAUGUACAACCAUAGCAAAAUGAUUCAGGUCAUAAAACCAGGCUGAUACAAGAGAAAAAUGUAUUAAGAGAGAGGUAAAACAUACAUGAAUCUGGUCUCCCAGAGCUUAACUUCAUGGGUUUCAAUGGAGUUACUUGGUCACGAAGUUGGUUUCAUUAAACCUUGAUUUAAGAACGUCACUUGAAGUCUAGGUUGAACAGCUAUCAAGUGCAAGUGAACAAGGCGUGUAGCAAACUUGUUUUUAAUUUCUGGGUUAUUCUCCUCUCUGUGGCAGAUGAAGCAGAUGUAUUACUUGGGCUCUGGCCAGCAACCAGCUGGGCUCAGCCAUGCUUAGUCUAAUAUACCUGCUGUAGUAUUCAACUGGACAUCAAAACUAAAUUACAGUAUUUGAGAUGAAGCAACACUGGAGGGCAGGCUUAGUCUUUGUGGUUUGUUUCAUCUCUUCAUUCUCACCUUGUGCUUUAGAGAGCGUGCAGCUGUAAGUAGUGUUCAGCCUCCAAGCACUGACUGCAUUUACCAGUCAUGUUACAUUUAUAGAUACAAAGGAGGUGUUGUCAGGGCAAGCUCAAGCCUGUUUAGAUGCAGAGCCUGCCAGUGUCUCAAUAUCAGAAAACCAUAUCCUAGAGAACAGCUGCUUUCCAGUACUGGUUGAGAAGAAUGUACCUUGGAUUUUGCAUCCAAGUAGCUGUGUCCGUAGGUGUUCUAUUACAGGAGGUGGUAGUAUUCUGUCAAAAACCAGUUGUGGCUGCUGGGGGUUUAUUAAGGUGUUGAGGGUUGGGAUUUUUUUUUUUUUUUUUUGGUUUUUGAGGAAGUGCAGGGGGAAAAUAGAGCUGAGGAAUUUGACAGUUGUUCAUACCCUCUCCCACACCUCUAAGAGACUCAUCUCUGCUGCUACACUCACCAAAGCCGUGUCUUGCCACUGUAAUUCCGUAUUAUGUUAAUUACUAACCACCCAGUAACUUUCAGGACUGACAAGUUCUUUGACCACGCACUGUGUCUUAAAUCUGGGAAUGAGGUAAAAGGCAGACUGGCACAACAGUUUUCUAGGUAAUUGGCUCUGCUCAUUUUUUUUUCCUGCAACUCAAAACCCAGCAAAAAUCUGAUUUGACCUCUCUUCACCCUAGGGUAUUCCCUCCUUCUGUUCAUCUACGUUAUUACCAUGCCAGGGAUUUCUUAGUCAGGUGCCUGAAUUAUUCACCACUUACUUAGAAAGCAGCAGGCAAGAACUCCUGAGUCUCUAUCAUGCUGCAUUUCUUCUGUCAGGGUUGUAGUAUCACAAACAUGCAAAAUUGCCUAGGAAGUAAAUGCAAUCUCCUUUAAAAAUUGAAACCUAGAGCCUCAGAGGCUACGUGGGAGCCCAAUUCCCACUGAAUACAGCAAAAUGAAGGCAGUAGCGCUGCUCACAGUACAGCACAGCUCAGCUGUGGGAAGGAGUAGGGUUGCAUGACUUGUAACGUGCUAGCUUAAACAGAACUGUCUUACCUGGACAGCAGGGUCUAGCCUAAAGCAUUUUAAUUUUUUUUUUUUUUUUUAAGAAGAGAGGACUGAGGGAAGAAUAGUAAUAGGACAUCUCUGUAAGUAGGAAAAAAAAAAAAAACAACGAACUGAAUUUGCUUUCAGCAAUGUACCAGAAUGUCUCACCACCAGACUUCACAUGAAGAAAAGAAGAUAAAGCCAUUUGAGUGAUUAUUGUAGUGCAAAAGAAUGAUACUGCCUGGAUGGGAAAAUGGUUUGGCUGGGAGCCCAUGGAGCACAGCAGAAACUGUUUCAGCAGAGUACAAUACGAUCUAUUUCUGAGAAACCCUGUGUGGACCCCCACAGUUAACACAGGAACCUAAUGGUGCCUGUAUAUUUAUAUAAUUAAGUUUAUAGUCAUAAAUUAAGUUCAAAACCUGAACUAUAUAUAUAUAUAUAUAUUUUUGUCAGUAGAUUUUUUUUACCCUGAUUUACCUAUCAUGGCUUCUGCAUAUGACAACUCCUAACUGUGCAGUGCACACACCUGUUGUUGUCCUUUUGUCCCAUGUUAGAGUAAUGGUAUCAAACUCUGUAAAGCACUUUCGUGAUGUUUCCUGUGAAGAAAGCUGAAGAAAAUAAAUUUAUCUUAACAGCACCAACUGAAUUUAUACCUCCCAA